AUGUUACCACAGAAAAGUCGUCAAGGCCCUCCUCCAUCUGUUCAGGCGCUUGAGGCAAUUGCGGUCACCAAAACAUCCCCAGCCGCAGACGACAUGUCACGCAUAUGCGCGUUCACGAAGGAUGUCCACAGCGACUACAAGGGUGUCGUUGAGAUACGUGUUGGUAAGGAUGAGGAAGAGGUCUUCAAAGUUCAUCAAGACCUCUUAACGGCACGUUCAAUCUUCUUCAAGACCGCUUUAUCGGGCAAUUGGAAAGAGGCUCUUGAACGUCAUGUUGUUCUACCCGAGGAUGAUCCCAGUACUUUCAAGAAGUACAUCCAUCUCCUUUACACUGGUAAACUGGCCAUCAUUCCGAAUCUGACUCCAAGCAUUGAGACUAUAGGGGAAGAAUUCGACGCGCUUGCGCAUCUUUACGUGUUGGCCGAGAAGUUACUUGACACCGAGACGAAGAAGACGGUCCUAAAAGCGAUGCUUGCUGCCAGUCGCGUACCGCGCCUGGACGGCACCAUCUUUUCUCCCGGUUUCACGACAAUCGAAAUCAUCUACGAAGGCACUUCGGCUGGCUCACCAAUGCGCAAAGUCCUUGUCGAUUUGUAUGUAUACCGAGCACACAGGGAUUCCGUUACUUCCUUCGGUAAUGACAAGGUGUAUCCGUUGGAGUUCUACCAGGAGCUCACGCGCGCCUUCGUGCUCACGCGAGCAGAGACGGCGGCCAAUGGCCCACUGCGUGACGCUUCGAGCUACAUGGAGGAGGAAGAUGUUGAUGCGGCACAGUGA